AUGAGUCGAGGUGUACCUGUAGGACAGAAGGGUAUGCCAAAUGCUUGUAGGUGUGGAGAAAGUUCAUUGAUAAAAACUUCAGGAACUUCAAAAAAUCCUGGAAGGCUCUUUCAUUGUUGUCCAAAAGGUUCUGAAAAGGACAACUACCAUUUGUUUAAAUGGACAGAUGAAUCUAUGGUGGAAGAGUUGUUUUUCAUGAAGGAGACAAUGAAGAAUUUAGAGAUGAAGACAAGAACUUGUGAAGACAUGGUCAAUUGCAUUGAGAAAGACAUAAAAGACUUGAAGAUGGUUGGUCGUGGGUAUGAGAAGGAGAUGGAGACAAUGAAAGCUGAGAUACGUUUGUUGAAGUGUAUGAUUGUGUGUGGAGUUGUUGUGUUUGCUGGUUAUUUUUGUUGUUGUCUUAAUUACGUCUACUCUUUCACUGUAUGUUGUAAUUGUGACUGA